CUGUACUCACACUCCAUCAGCCUGAGCUGCUCUCAACAACCGAGGCCACCCGUACAUGGAUUUCUCCUGGAUUUCCCUUCUCUAACAUGGACGCCCGGUUGGAAGGUUGCUCCUUUGCGCAGUGAGACGGACAUGCGGAGCACCGCUGAUACGGAGUGUCCUCUUCUGUCUCAGUGACCAUGCCGUGAUCACAUCGCUGACAAAAACACCUCCAAAGCAGAAAUAAGUGGGAAUCUAACGAUCCAUCCAGGGGAAUGACAUGCAGUGCAUCGCAGGCAUCAUGAAGAUGUGCUCUCCUCUGGUAACUCAUCAGAGAUGGCUUGGGCUGUUGCUGCUGUUACUGUGUGUGGGAUAUUCUCACGGGAUGCCACAUGUGUUAAGAUUCGGGGGGAUAUUUGAAUCCAUGGAAAGUGGCCCAUCUGGUGCUGAAGAACUUGCCUUUAAGUUUGCUUUAAAUACAAUCAACAGGAACAGAACUUUACUGCCAAACACCACACUCACAUACGACAUCCAAAGGAUAAACAUCCACGACAGCUUUGAGGCCUCCAGAAAAGCUUGUGACCAGCUCUCUCUGGGUGUGGCGGCCAUCUUCGGUCCCUCCCACAGUUCUUCGGCCAACGCGGUGCAGUCCAUCUGUAACGCUCUGGGGGUGCCGCACAUCCAGACCAAGUGGAAGCACCAAGUGUCAGACAACCGCGACUCUUUCUACGUCAGCCUUUACCCAGACUUCUCCUCCCUCAGCAGAGCCAUCUUAGACUUGGUUCACUUCUUCAAGUGGAAAACGGUCACUGUGGUUUACGAUGACAGCACAGGUCUGAUUCGAUUACAGGAGCUCAUCAAGGCUCCAUCUCGUUACAACAUCCGAUUAAAAAUCCGGCAGCUACCAGCAGAAACAAAAGAUGCCAAGCCCCUUCUUAAAGAAAUGAAACGAGGGAAAGAGUUUCAUGUGAUCUUUGACUGUGGUCAUGAAAUGGCAGCUGGCAUCCUUAAACAGGCUCUUGCCAUGGGAAUGAUGACGGAGUAUUACCACUACAUUUUUACUACCCUGGAUCUCUUUGCAUUGGAUGUGGAGCCCUAUCGCUACAGCGGGGUCAACAUGACCGGAUUCCGGAUCCUAAACACAGAGAACAGCCAGGUGUCCUCCAUCAUUGAAAAGUGGUCCAUGGAGCGUCUGCAGGCGCCUCCUAAACCAGACUCUGGCCUGCUGGAUGGUUUCAUGACAACAGAUGCUGCCCUGAUGUAUGACGCGGUACAUGUGGUGGCCGUGGCCGUCCAGCAGUCUCCUCAAAUAACUGUCAGCUCGCUCCAGUGUAAUCGCCACAAGCCCUGGCGCUUCGGAAACCGCUUCAUGGCGCUCAUCAAAGAGGCCCACUGGGAUGGUUUGACCGGACGGAUAAAUUUCAACAGGACCAAUGGCCUGAGGACAGAUUUCGAUCUGGAUGUGAUCAGCCUGAAGGAAGAGGGGCUAGAGAAGAUUGGGACAUGGGAUCCUGCUAGUGGUUUGAACAUGACGGAAAACCAGAAGGGAAAGGCAGCCAAUGUGUCGGAUUCUCUCUCCAACAGAUCGCUGGUGGUGUCCACCAUACUG